AUGUCUCAAAAAGUCUGGACCCGCCAACACGCCGCAGGCUUCGGCUUGGAGAAGUCCCUCGCCGCUAUCCGCGACCCUGCCGCCGCUCCGACUCCGAUUCCUUUGCCGCCCCGCGAUGUCGAAGUGAUUCAGAAAGAGUGUGAUUCCAUCACUUUUCAGUCCUUUGGGUACGAGGAGGCGUUUGAACUAGGCCACCUCCUGCACGCCCGCCUUCUUCCCUUCGCCCUCGUCGACAAGAAGCCCACAGUCAUCUCAAUCGCACUGGCAAACAGCCAGCAGGUCCUCUUCCAGACGGCCGUCGGAUCCGGCUCGCUUCCCGACAACGAGACGUGGGUGCAGCGCAAGCGCAACGCCGUGCUCCGAUGGGGCAGCAGCACUUGGCUACUCCACAACAGAAUUGGGGGCAAUGAGCAGCUUUUUGCGUCAAAGUUUGGCAUGAGCACGGAGCAGGCGGGCAAAUACGCCAUUCAUGGCGGCGGUGUGCCUAUUCGUGUGCAGGGAGUUGAGGGUGUGGUUGCUGUUGUGGUUGUUAGUGGGUUGAAGCAGGAGGAGGAUCAUGGUGUGAUUGUUGAUGUUAUCAAGACUCACUACCAAUGAGUGUCAAGAUAAGCAGCGAUUAUGAGAAGUAUUUGAAGGUGUUGAGAGCUAGGCUCAAUAGGUCCUCUAGAGACGGCCGAGACUCAUCUAUGAGAUCGAGUCGCGUGAGUUAAUUACAGCUUAUCCCAUGAACUGCUAGAUGGCGUCAAUAAAUUUACAAGCACUUUGAUAAG